AAGACCUUCCACCCUUCAUCAACCCCUCAACCACAGACUUGACGAUCUCAACUUUUACAACAGCUCACCAUCAUCUCUGUGCCUUCUCUUCCGCUUCCUUGAUACCCGAAGAUACCCCUCUGCUCUUUUUCUUUUCACAAACAUAUAAUCAGCCAGUACGUCGCACCAUCCACACUUUUUUUCUCCUUCCACAAUUCUCCCAGUCUCCAAUCCAAGUGCAUGACGCUGACAUUUCGCAGAGAUGUUGGAAGCCAGACUCGACCAGGCCGAUAUCCUGAAGAAGGUUGUCGAUGCCAUCAAGGACCUCGUUCAGGACUGCAACUUCGACUGCAAUGACUCCGGCAUCAUGCUCCAGGCCAUGGACAACUCUCACGUUGCCUUGGUGUCCAUGGCUCUCAAGGCCGAGGCUUUCUCUCCCUUCCGCUGCGACCGCAACAUCGCGCUCGGCGUCAACCUCGGCUCCUUGACCAAGGUCCUCCGCGCCGCCCAAGGCGACGACAUCCUGACGCUCAAGGCCGAGGAUGCCCCCGACAGUCUGAACAUCCUCUUCGAGAGCUCAGCCAACGACCGUAUCAGCGAGUACGACCUCAAGUUGAUGGACAUUGACCAGGAGCACCUGGGCAUUCCCGAGACGGACUACGCCUCCACAAUCACCAUGCCGAGCAGCGAGUUCAGACGCAUCUGCGCAGACUUGAUCGCCAUGAGCGAGUCGGUUACGAUCGACGCGAGCAAGGACGGUGUCAAAUUCGCUGCCAGCGGUGACAUUGGCAAUGGAUCCGUCACCCUGCGAAGCCACACCAACGUGGACAAGCCCGAAAACAACGUCGAAAUUGAGCUCUCUGAGCCCGUCUCCCUGACCUUCUCUCUCAAGUACCUCGUCAACUUCUGCAAGGCCGCCGCAAUUUCCAAGCAAGUCAAGAUCUGCCUCUCUAACGAGGUACCGCUGCUUGUUGAGUACGCUCUGUCGGGCUCCAGCUACCUGCGCUUCUACCUGGCGCCGAAGAUUGGUGACGAGGAGUAAAUCGGCGAUUAACGACGGAAUGAAGUUGAUAUUGCUGGCGUUGCACGGGAUCAUGGACGGGGCAAAGGGCCUGUCCUUUUUCACUCUGGAUUGAGUUUUGCAUGUUCUAGAGAAGAUACGCAAUACGUUGGUGAAGGAAGAGCAAAAAGCACUUUUUGGGACCACG